AAGGUUAUGACCAAGUGAUUCAUGCUGUGAGCUUGAGGCCAGAGGAUCCUUGGUUCAAAUCCCCAUCAAACCAGAAAAAUCACUAAGGACUCUUGGGCAAGGCCAUUAAUCCCCAAGUUGCUCCUGGUGUGUAGUUGAGCACCUUGCAUGUGUAGUGGGACCGAGAGUAGUACCAUAUCGGCUCACCCUCCAACUUCAGCAGCCCUGCAGCACCCUUGGGGACCCUGAUGUGUUACGUGGAUGCAGGCAUACGGGGCACCCCCACUAAGUCAACAACAAACAUAGCUACUGGGAAACCAACCUUGACUUCGUAAGAACACGCUGAUGUAAGAAAAAAGAAACUAUGGCUGACAACCUUCAGCAGCCACUCCAGGACUGGACAGAAUCAGAAGUGAGCAUCUGGCUCAAAUCUAUCGGGGUGAAGGAACAGUAUGUAAAAAAUCUCUAUGACGAAGAAGUAAAUGGACAAAUCCUUUGUUCUGUGGAUGAGGACUACCUCAAGAAAGAGUUUUGCAUGAAAUCAGGACCUGCUCACUUGAUUAUUAAAAGGAGGGAUGAGCUUAUUAACUCUCAGAAAAAGUCUCAGGAGAAGAAAAAGUCCAAUAGUGCGGGAAAAAAUGAGGUGGAGAAGAAAUCAGUUCAGAUUGUUCCAACUUGUGGAAGUUCCCCAGCUCAAACUCAGAAUGUUUUGGAGGAGAAACAAACUGCUCAGGGACUGUGUGUUUUGCCCUCAAAGGAAGAUUGCAAACCACGACCAUUUGAUACAGAAGGUAUUGAUUUCUUAUAUGUAAAGCACAGGGUCCUCCAGCCCGAGUCAGGUGCCUUUGAUUUGAUAUCUCCAUGCCAUGAAUUUAAAUCUUUAGCUGAAGCUGCAAAAUUGGAUCGUGCAAGACUGCAAGCAAAAUUUGCCAAAGAGGUCCUGAAAUUUGCCACUGGCUGUAUGAAUAUCAGAACAAACGGCACAAUACACUUUGGGGUGAUGGACAGUAAGGAUAAUAAUCAAUAUACACAUGGUGAGAUUAUUGGUGUCCCUGUAAAAGAGACAGACAUUUAUAUUGAUGCCUUGGACUACAUUGAGAGAAGUUUCUCCUCUAAUGAGGAGCAUGUACGCCAAUGUGUGCGGCCACCUCGGUUCAUUGAGGUAGUAGAUCGAGAAGGUAAAGAAAAGAGGUAUGUGGUAGAGGUUGAUAUUGUUCCCUCAAUAAAUAUUGUUAAGAAUAAAGUAUACUCUGUUAAGUUGCCAAACUUCAAAGACUCUACGAACAAAGUCGAAUUUGAGAAAGCAACAAUUUACCGAAGGGUAGGGGCGAAAACGGAGCCAGUGAGUGAACAAGACAGAAGUGACUUCUACGAGCGAGUCAGAGAUCGAGAUGUCCAAAGAGAAGAAGCAGAAAGAUACCAGUUCCUCAAUGCACCACACAUCUGCCAAGACCUUGGAAGGAAACUGAUGAUGCUGAUGACUAGUGGGAAGAAAUUCAUCGAAAAGGAGAAAUGGUUCAUAUUUGUCACCAACAAAUUCAAGCCUGAAGACCUCUGUCACAUUGAAUGGCUGCAUAACAUGAACAUAUUCUGUGUAUUUGACUUUGACCCUGACUCAAAGACAUCAGGCCUUUGCAGUAAAUACCUUCUGCAUCAUGCUGCAAACAUGCACUUUCUGCAGAGCUACAGGAUGCCCAGUGGCACAGGCAUCAAAGAAUUCACACGCCAGUUGCAUUUGUUUGAGCAAACUAGCUGGAUCUUUUGUAAUGGCCGGACUGACUUUAAAGGAAAUGAAAUUGAAUGUGAUGACAUGACUUGGAUCAAGACAAAAAUGACACUCUUGCGGGAAUCGGUGUCCUUGAUUUCAAAACAAAUUCUUCCAAAAGGGACAUUUCAGGUCAUUUUCCUUCUCACAUCACCAGUUGAGAAACCAGUCUUGCACACCUUUUAUGAGUUUUUCACAGACAUGGAAGGCCACGAAGACAUCAUUUGCAUUUGUGAAUCAGAGAAAAACUUUCAGAAGUGGAAAAGCUUUGCAGAGGGUUCAUGUGGAACACAAAUGGUUGACAAUUCCAGUGUUGUCGGGAUGAAAAUGAGUCACAUUAAUGCAACUAUGCAGCAAAUACAGCCAACAAAUCCACAUGCCACCAAAAAACUAGCAGUCUUCUCAAAGGGGACAUGUCUCCUCAAAACAAACAAAGAGGAACAGAUGUAUUCGCUUGAGAUUCUGACAGUUGAUCAUUGCGAUGAAACUACAGAAGAGUUCAUCACUGAGGAGAAAAAAAGUAUUGAGCAUCAGUUCUACCGUGGAGGGCGAGUGACCUGGCUGAAUUUCUGGCUUGCUGAGCAUAAGCAUGUCGGCGAGGUCAUUAAAAGAGAUGCUUAUCGUGAUGUGUCCAAACUCCUCAAAAACGCUUUGGAAGUGAAUGCAGAUCAGACUCAUGUAAACCAUAUUAACAUCUACCAUCAUCCAGGAAGUGGUGGAAGCACUGUGGCAAGACAAGUGCUGUGGAACAACAGGAAAAAUCUCAGGUGCGCCAUCCUGAAGCCAUCAUACUCUGCUGCGGUUGUGGCACAGCACGCCGUUGAGUUCAGAGAAUAUGAAGAAGAAGAACCACAGAGGUGUGUUCCUGUGCUUCUUCUCAUUGAAGACUCCGAUAAAGAAUACAUCGAUGACAUCAGAAAUGAGCUAGAGGUUGCCAUUAACACCAAGAGAAUGCCAAAUGGAAUGCUGUGUUUCAUUCUUUUGAGCUGUAGAAGAUCCCAUGAUCCAGAAAAAAGAUGCAAGGAGUCUCCCUUACAGAACGUGUCUGUCACUCACAAACUGUCAGCUCAAGAGAAAAAGAUGUUUGCUGGGAAGCGAGAGGUACUUGAAGAAGAUUAUGAGCCACAGUUCAUCCUUACUUUUGUUUUGAUGUGUGAGGGAUUUGAUGAGAAAUAUGUUAAAGGAUUUGUGGAACAUCUGCUCCAAGACAUCAAUCACGAAUCCGUUGACACCCGCCUCAUUCAGUAUGUUGCACUGCUGAAUACAUAUGUCCAGGACUCUUUUAUCUCUCAGUCACAUUGUGAAGCUUUGCUUUCGUUAAGAAUCCACCUGGAAAGGUUUCGCCAACAUGAGUUUAAGAACUCUCUCAGUGAUCCGGCCAAACUAGUCUUCUUGCAUCUUAAAGAUGACACGACACACAUCGACUCAGUCCGAAUCAUCCAUCCACUUAUUGCAAAGGAAAUUCUCCAACAGCUUCUGGGCAACAAGUGGACUCACAGCAGUUUGGCACAAGAUUUGCUCCAUCAGGAUGUGCUUUUUGAGCACAGGUUUGGAAGGGAGGAGUAUCUGUCCUUUUUGAGAGCUCUCUUCAUAAGGCGAUCCAGGAUAAGCCGAGGGGACGCGUAUGACAGUUUUUUCUCUCCUCUGAUUGAGCAUGUGUGUAAAUAUGAACACCCAGACAAAGCAAUUGAAGUACUUGAGGAGGCCUGCUAUCGUUUUCAGAGAGAUCCAUUCUUUGCACAACAGCUUGCUCGUAUUCACUAUACAUAUGAGAAGUUUGAAGAAGCAAAAUACUGGGCAGAGACUGCAGCCAAAGACCUGCCCCACAACUCCUACAUUCUCGACACCAAAGGUCAGGUGUACAGGAAAUGGUUCCAAGCAAAGUGCAAAGCUAUUGAUAGUGACAACAAACUAAAAACAGCAGAAAAUACAUCAGAUGCUGUUGAGACUGCUCUGAAAGCCUUGGAGUGUUUUCAAGAGUCCGAGAAAGCAGCUCUUGCAGAUAUGGAAUCUGUAAACAAUUCAUGCUUUUUUGCUGAGGCUGAGGUUGGAUGCAGCCUACUCAAACUCAUUUCUUCAUUGGACGUGUUUUCAAACAAAGCCAAUGGCCUUUCUGAAUGUACAAAGUACUUGCUUACAGAUUACAUUCCUGAGGAAGUCAAUGAACCAUGGGAAAGGUUUCAUGGCUCUUUGAAGAACCUUAAGAACACAGUGCAGUAUGCCUUAGAAUGGAUUUCAGAAGAUCUGAGUUACUUCCAGACAGAUGUUGAUGCAGAUGAAGGAGAAAGAACCAUGGUAAGUCCAGAGGAAAAGAUAAGCCAUCCAUUAGCAUGGCUAGCAAAAAAAUCAUCUGAGUAUGGGAAGUACUUCAGUGAAGGUUAUAAUACUCCACUUCAACCAGGGCAGUCAAACCCAUCCAGUCUGACACCUUUUCAGAAGCGCAUGGUCAUUUGUCGCCUUGGUGGGGGUAAUGUAACAUCCCUUCUUUCCAAGUUGACUGACCCAAAGAAUCCAGCAGAUGUGCUGGAGUGCAUUCUGUCACUCUACCCUCAAAAUCCUUUAGAGGCUAGAUUAACACAACGGGAUAUUGUCAAUUACAUCGUGGCCCAUAUCGCUCGGAACUGCCUUUCACCUAGUCCUGCAAAGGCAGUUCCGCUGAGAGAGAUGCAGGCACUUUGUCGCCAGUUCCCAGUUGAUAAAAGAAAAUGUUUACCCAGUGCUCUGUUUUUGCUGACUUUACUAUUCUGGCCAGAAGAUGAUGAUACAGACCAUGAGAAAGAAAUCAAAUAUGAAACUGUACAAACAGCCAUCGAACACCUGGAAAAGAGCUACUGGACCAAGAUGAAAGAUAUUCCACAGCGGAAGAGGAGGAUUUACACACACUUUUUUCUGGGCAAUGGAAGUGGAUUGAAUAAGUUUGUCCACAAGAGUAAGUUUGAAAGUGUUACCAAGGGUUUCUCUGUCUCUGAGAAACGCAUAAAAUGGUUUAGCGGGAAAGCGUGGAGAAUGCCUGAAAUUGCCAAGAUGCUGAAACGUGUUUCUGGAUGGACUGAAGAUGGAGCCGUUUAUCUUGAGGGCCCACAGAAAAAGAAGUUCAAUAUCCUUCCUCUUUAUGUACCUUCAGUGCCUCAUGGUAAUGAAAACAUUCAUUUCUACCUUGGAUUUACAUUCCGAGGCCCAGUUGCUUAUGACAUCAUGGUGAAAGACCUGGCUUCUUCUUGAACAAUAGUCAUGUGAUAACGGGCUCCGUCAACUUGCAUAUCCGUGGGCCAAAAAGUGAGCGUCGACUUUCUGUCUGAGAACAGCUUUACAAUUAUGCCUCACAUUUACUAAUUAACACUUGGUUCAUCCAGACGAAAUGCAAUAUGGAACAAAGAAGGCUGAGAAAGUACAAGAAAAAGAGCCAAAAAUAAAGGAAUGCAAAAUUAAAUACAGAGAUACAGAACUAAACCUCCUGACUUCUCCAGUGUCACAAACACACUUCCUGUAGCCAAAUUUCUGCUUUGCACGAUGUACAGAAGUUUUUAAUAUAAUAGCUUCAGCAGUAUAUUAUCAAGUUAAGAAAACAUGUUUAUAAAUCAUGAAAAUAUUUCAUAAUGUUUUUAUAUUUUGCAUUAGUUUUCUCCCCCUUAUUUUCCUUAUUUAUUUUUACUGCUGAUAAGCAUUAAAUUAUUCAUUUGAUGAUUCACGUGAGUUGUUGGUUCUGAUGAUCAUUUUCAGUUUCAAGUACAAUUUCUUUCUCAUGCUUCUUAAGAAUAGAAUGAUUUUUAGGAGCAAAUUUAACAUUGCAUUUUAAUUUUUUAAUACAUCAAUUUAUAUUUCUUAACAUAUCUUAUGGUGUUUUAACAUGUUUUGAUUUAAAUUUUUAGAAAACAUUCCUCAAACUUAAUUUGUUUGAAUAUUGCUUACGUAAGAUGUGGAUGUACAAUGCUAUAAGAAAAACGAUGUUAUGAUGGCGUUGAACCAAUGAGAAAUGUUUGUCUCUUUCUUCUUUGUGACUCAAAAUUUAAAGAACAGCUAUGAUGAAUAUGAGU